AUGCCGGCUCCUGACUCUUCGAAACCCCUUGCGUUUGCCGUUGCUACCUGGCUCGAGAGCCAGGGUGAUGCGACGCUAAAGGAUGCGGCCGCUAGCAUUAGCUCUGUGUACGGCUUCGAUACCUCUUCGUCUAGCGACAAAGAAACAUACGCAAAGAACUCGCCCGGUCUUCAGGCCAUUUUCGAUGUAUUCCUAAAGACGCAGCAACGUAUGGGAUCAGCGGCAAGCGCCUCGAAGGAUGAAGCUGAGGACAAACCCAAGGCACCUUCCUCUAUCUCUGACGAUGACGCUGCGAAGGCCGAAAACCUGAAGAACGAGGGCAACAAGUUCAUGUCGUCCAAAGACUACGGCGCAGCCCUGGACUCGUACACCAAGGCUAUUGAGAUCAACCCGAACUCGCCUGUAUUCUAUUCGAACCGUGCUGCUGCCUACAGCCAAAUCGGCCAGCAUGAUGAAGCUAUUGCCGACGCCAAGAAAGCAUCCGAGAUUGACCCCAAGUUCGGCAAGGCAUACAGUCGCCUUGGUCAUGCGCUUUUUGCUUCGGGACGCUUUGCUGAGGCUGCGGAAGCGUAUGAGAAGGGUGUGGAAGUGGACCCUAGCAACAAGCUUAUGAAGUCGGGUCUGGAGGCGUCGAAGGCGAAGAUGAAGGACAGCGGUAGCAAAGAUGCCCUCGCGACACAGACCUCGCCGGCUGCUGCUGCAGGUACAGGUGUGGGUGCAGGUGCAGGUGCAGGCUUUGGUGCCGGUGGCAUGCCCGACCUCGGUUCCUUGAUGAGCAACCCCAUGGUGGCACAGAUGGCGCAGCAGAUGAUGCAAAACGGCGGCUUGGAACAACUGAUGAACAACCCCAUGCUGCGUCAGAUGGCCGAAAACUUUGGCUCGAGUGGCCAGAUGCCGGAUAUCUCGUCCCUGAUGAACAACCCGGAACUCCGCCAAAUGGCUCAACAGUUCAUGGGCGGCAUGGGCGGUGCCCCUCGUCGUUAA